AUGGAAUGGGAGCCGGAGAAACACGCUGGUCUCUGGGGUUUCCCGGUGCAUAAGGGCGAAACAGCAUCUUUUGGGGAGCUGGGAUCUGCCGCGGAUGCCUACGGCAGCCCCUGGGAAACGGCCGCUCCGGGCAGUGUGUGCUCCCUGGGCGCCGCCUCUAACACCUCCUCCACCCGCUCCCGCUCCCACUCUCACGCCCGCUACAGAACCAGGGCCGCCAACUCGGAAGUGGACGAAAGCCUCUUCGGGAUCGCCAAGAAAGUGCACCUGUCUCGCUCCGGCAGCCCCAUCGUGAUCCUUCAAGAUGUCGCAUCGGCGGCGGGGAAACCCCUCGGCUGGGGCCACAAGCCGGAGACGAUCCGCCUCAUCACUAGGGACCUGAUCCGGGACCUUGUCGUUCCCACAGAGGACCCGUCAGGAGAAUCCCUGAUCAUUAGCCCUCAGGAUUUUGCACGUAUCAAGGAUGCAUCUCGGGUCCUGACGAAGGAGGAGCGUGAAUCUCAGCAAGCGACCCUCAGGGCGGAGAGAGAAGCUGUCAUAGCCGCGGUGAACGAGCGAAAGAAAUCUAUGAAACUGAAGGAGAUCUUGCGGAAGAAAAAUGAGAAACUCAAUGACCUGGAACAGGAGGCAAAGGAACGGGCGCAGUACCUGUUGGAGCGGGCCGCCAACCUACGUAUAGAACAGGAAGAUGAGAUCAAAUCGCUCGGCGAGAUCAUGCUGGAAGCCAAAUGCCACGCUAUCCGUGACGCUCAGAUCCUGGAGAAAAAGCAGAUUGAGAAAGAGCUCGAGGAGGAGGAGAUGCGGCUGGCCCGGAUGAUGGAGGUGGAGCGGCAGAAAGCCAACAAGAUGCAAGAUGAGCUCGAACAGAAGAGGAAACAGGAGUUGUUCUGGGGGAGGCGCCACAUCAUCGAGCAAAUCGAGAAGAACCAGGAGUUGCGGGCCAUGAAGGCUGAGCAACGGGACCAGGAGGCCCAAGAGAUGUUGGACUACCUGGAGCGUCUGCAGUUCGAAGAUGAGAGGGAAAUGGAGCGCCGCAGGCUGGAGCGGCUGAGGAUCCAGGCCGAGAUCAAGCACAUCAACGACGAGAACCAGAAGCGUAAAGCGGAGACGCUGGCGCAGGAGAAGAUGGCUGACAUGCGGGUGCUGGAGUACCAGCGGAAGAAGAUGGCACGGGAGGCUGAGUUUGAGGCCGAACAGGAGAAGAUCCGUCGAGAGAAGGAGAUGGAGACAGCCCGCCUCCGGGCGCUACAAGAGAAAGCCCAGGAUUAUCAAGCAGAGCAGGACGCGCUGAGAGCCAAGCGUAACCAGGAGGCAACCGAGCGGGAGUGGCGCCGGAAGGAGAAGGACGCCGCGCAGAAGAAGGCCCAGACGGAGGCCAUGCUGAAGCAGAGCCGGCUGGAGCAGGUGGCCCAGAAGGAGCACAGCCUGGCCAUACAGGUGCAGCGGGAGCGGGCCGAAUUUGAGAGGAUCGUCAGGAUCCAACGGGAGCAGAUUGAGAAGGAGCGGAAGGAGCACGAGCGGCGUGUGGCUCUUCAGCAGACCCACGCCGAUGAGAUCCGGCGCCAGGUGCGGGAGCACCAGCAGAAGCAGAUCCAGGAGCGCAUUGCCAUCUUUGAGGAGGGCAAGCGCCUCAAGGAGGAGGUGCGCCGGCGCAGCGAGCGCAUCAACGAGAUCAAGCAGAAGAAGCUGGAUGAGUUGCGAGCCGCCGGACUCCCCGAGAAGUACUGCAGCCAGGUGGAGCGCAAAGCAUUCAUCCAGCCGACCCCAGUACACUGAACGGGAACGGUGCUUCCACACACACACACACACCCUGUAGACUCUCAUUG